UCGUGUUUUUUCUGAAGUUGUUGAUUACUUGAAAUAAUCUACUGGACUAAAACUCAUAAAAAUCUGAUUCGAAAGCGUGGUUUUAAUGACUGAUCGAUCCAGCAUAACUGGAUUAUAUGCUACAAUAUUCAAGAGAUUAAAAUAUUUCACUGAUUUUUACCCGGUCUCGUUGAAAGAGGAUUUAUAAAAGAUUCUUUAUUUUUGAAAUUUGAUGCAAGAAUUUAUUUUCCAGUUUUAAGAAUGCUGCCUUACAAGUGCGAAAUCUGCAAUUUGCGAUUUUCUGUCAAAUGGAGGUUAGUGCAUCAUCAGAAGAUUCACGAAUCUGAGAAUGCUACAGCUAAAAGUGAUGAAUCCGAUUCCAGUUCCGCGCCAAACCCUAAAAAAGUUGUUUUAAAGAAUGCCGAAGUCCUACAAGAUUUCAACACUCACGAAUGCCCCGUGUGCCACAUAAGUUUCGCUGGGAAGAAGCAAUUAGAAAGACAUGAAAGAGUUCAUGGUGAUAAGAAAUAUUACCAGUGCGAUAGGUGCUAUCUCGGAUUUUUUUGGAAAUCGAAUUACAAUCGACAUCGGAAGCAUUCUUGUACCAGGAGAGUGUUCCAGUGCGAAAUAUGUCAUCGUACCUUCAACAAGAAAUUGCAUUUCUUGCGACACAGAAGCUUGCAUGGUAAAGACCGGAAGCUUUCCGAAGAUCCGGUUGGCAACCAAGAUGCUGGCCCAUCCACACCUGCUCGGGUGGACCGUGCAAGGGAUGGAUUGUUAAAAAGUAAAGAUAAAGAGACUGAUACAGAAGUGAUAGAUAUCACCCCCGAAACUAGUCCUAUUAAAGGUAAACCGCGGGCUUCGAAACUAAUCUCGAAAUCCUCGGAAAAGGAUGCGACUGAGUCUAAGAGUGAUGAUAAGUCAGGGGAGGAGCUUCUGUCAUCAGACCCCAAUUUCGAACCGAAAAAGAAGAAACCGAGGAACAAGUAUGAGAGAAAGCACAAGUGUGAUCUAUGUGGUUUAGGUUUCAGAUUCAAGUGUGACCUGGGCCGCCACCGGAGGACGCACGACAGCGUGAAGCCUUUUCCUUGUGACCAAUGCGAUCUUGGUUUCAACUGGAAGUCGAAUCUUGUCCGCCACCAGAGGAGGAUGCACUGUGGCAAGAAAGCGUUUCACUGCGACAGUUGCGGGGAGGGCUUUACCAAGCGGUACCAUCUUACACGCCAUCGCACAAACAACUGUGGAAAAUCGGGCAAUGAUAGAAAAGCGUCCACGAGUGGUAAAAGACAGAGUGAAAGUGACGACUGUAACUGUGACAAUGGCAGUGAUUCGAAUCCGGUUGUAAUACAGCUGCUUCCAAAGAAGGAUGGUGCCACUACCUCCACCGUCAAAAAGAAACGUGCUUCUUUGAACAAAGAUCGUGAGUUUGAAGUCGGAAAGCAAACCACCAAAAGCACGGAAGUUAAUAUUAUUUAUCUUCACGCUUGUUAUGAUGAAAUUAAACCUUUCAGUCAAGAAGAGUGCAAAUCUGGAAGAGACAGGGUGCAAUCUGACGCUGUUAAUACAGAAGAGGUUUACGAUUGUCGAAUAAAUAAUGGAUCUCGUCGUAGGGGAGACCAUGAUGAAGAUUCUAGAAGCGAAGCACCAGCUAGAAAACGUUUGAGGAAAGAAGUGAAAGAAUUUGUAUGUUCUGUAUGCAGUCGGGUAUUCACGAGGAAAUCAUGCCACCUGCAACACGAGAGAAGUCACUACAGGCAACCACUGCGAUGUGAGUGGUGUCAUCGGACCUUUGCUCGGAAAUCGGUUUUCCUCAAGCAUCAGAGGAUCCACACUGGUGAAAAACCAUUCCAGUGUGAGACAUGCCUUUGCUACUUUCGCCAGAAGUCUCAACUUGUGCAACAUAAGAAAAUCCACUCUGGUUUGAAGCCUCACGAGUGCGAAGUGUGUAAACGAAGAUUCAAUAGGAAGUCGGUUCUAGACCGCCACAAGAUGAUCCACACCGGAGAAAAACCGUUCGAAUGCGAAGUUUGUCAUCUCUGCUUUAAUCAGAAGUCUAUUCUGGUCCAGCACUUGAGGAUCCACACUGGUUUGAAGCCUUACAAGUGCAAGAAGUGCAAUUACAGUUUUACUCAAAAGUGGAACUACCGAAGGCACAAGCAUAAAGUCCACACUAGUGGAAAAACAUUACCCAUUAAGUGCAAUACAUGCGAUUCCAAUUUUCCCAGAAAGAGGAUUCUGAUUCAAAACGAGAAAAUCCAUGAAAGGAGGAAGUUUGUUUUUCAUAUCUAUAAUACUCGAUUUGCUGGUAAGCGUUUUGGAGGAAAGGACAAGUUAAAAGAAGCCAGCGGUCAUUCCGGCAGUCAUGGGGAAACCCAUUCACCUCGAAAUCUUGACCAUUCUGAUAAGAAUCAUGACUCUGAUUACUGCGAGAUUAUUGAGGAAAUACAAAAUGGGAAGACCACUCAAAAAAUACAAGCUGAACAAGUUAUUAAAGAUGUAAAGGAUAUAACAGAUUUUCCGGAUCACUGCAUUCCUAUUAAUAUUUAUAUUCGAAAAGGUAUUCGUAAGCGGGGGUCAUUGGCUAAAGAUAAUAAAAGUUAUCAGGUGGAAAUUCAAAGCACUAGAGAAAAACCCAUAGAAAAUGGCGGUCGAAAUCUGGAAUUCAAUAAGAAAACUGGGUCUGUUGAAAUUGAAGAAGACACGAGAGAGAUGGUACAGAUGGAAACUAGUUUCAGAACUGAAAAGAAAUCUAGUGUCGAAGAUCAGAAGAGAAACCAGGAAAACAAAGAUGUCAGGUUGAUGGAAGAAGAUAUUAACAUCAGCAAAAUAAAAGAAAUGUCAUUAAUGAAAGAAAUUGAAGACAAAACUUCAGAAAUUAAUAUGAAUCCAUCAGUUCAAGAAGACCAGGACGAUGUUAAGGAAUGUGAAAAGCGCUUAGAAAUAUUGAAUAGUAGUGAAAAGGAAAAACCAGAUUCAAGUGACAAUCUCUUCAUAGAUACUGAAAUCAAAGAGAAUGACGAAAUUUCAAAAGUGGUCGAUGUUUUGCUAAAAAGAUGCAAUGAGAUUAUAAAAAGUGAAGAAGCUACUGAGAAUGGAAAAAACUGUUUAACUAAUGCGGAGGUUCAAAUUAAGAAUGAAAGUUUGUUAGUCGAAUCAAAAGAACAACAGAAUGAAAUUGAUUUGAGGAAUGGUUGUAAAAAAGAAAUUAAAACCAAAAAAAUUCCAACUGUUUUGGUCGAUGACACUUCUGAUUGCCAAGAAGAAAAAACUGUUUUUAAAAAUAACGUUACUAAUUUAAUUUCUGUUCACACCGCAAGUAAAAAUGAAUUUGAUGAAGGAGCUCUCACGGAUGAAAAUUCAAACGAACUGAGUCACAGAAAUCUAGAAAAUAGUGAACUUAGUCAAAUGGAUGUGAAAUUUGAUUAUGUUGGAGAAAUACCAAAUAGCCAAAAUGCCCAAAAUCCUUUGAUUUUCCAAUCAGACAAAGAUUCAUCAGGAUUACCAUUAACACUGAAUAAAGUAGACAGAAAAAAGUCGAUUGAAUCGAACGAAAAUGAGAAUAAAAUUCGAACUGAAUCACGAAAAUGGUAUUCCGAAAAUGAGGAUAAAAACAAUAAAACCGUUCAGUGUUUUAAAAAGAAUAAUGACGGAAAAUCUUGUGAUGAGACUCCUAAUAAUGAGAUUUCUAUUAAAAAACCAUCAGUUGAUCAAGUUGAUUCUACUUCUUCGAAACAAACAAAAGAGGAUAAUAUUUUAUUUCAAAUUUCAUCUGAUUCAGGAAUGGAAUCAAACGUUUCGAACGACCAUAAAUUCGACCCACUAAUCGAUAAUGAAACCGAAAAAGAAUUUACUAGAACUAUUAGUGAUCUAUCUGCUGUGGAAGAUAAAAGUUUGAUUACAACGAAACACAACCAGAAACAAAAUAUAAUAUGGAUUAACAGAGAAGCAAAGAAAGACACUGGAACUACAAAGAAGCUUUGCAGUAUAGAUUUAGAAGAUAAUGGUUCCAAUGUGGAAUUGAAAAAUGAAUCAGAUUUGGUUGAAGAUAAUGGUUUUGAUGUGCAGGUGAAAGAUGAAAUGCCAUGUGGACUUGAAAGUCGAAAAGUUUUGAAAGUUAAGAAAACUGCUGAAGAAAUUCUUACCAAACAAAGUAGCAAACUGCAUCGUAAAGCUAAUCGGAGCAAAAGACGGUUAAGAUAUGGUACCACGCUUGGUACAAAAUUAAUGAAUAUUUCUCAAGAGCAGAUGCAACAAGAAGAGGAGAAGGUUAGAGAAGCUUUUAGUUUCUUAAAAAUCCAUGAUGAUCCAGAUCAUGCCACUAGUGCUGAAAAAAUAACCAAUGACAUUAAAGAAGAAGAAAAUGGAGAAAUUUCGAUUACAAGACAAGUAUAUAUAUGUCAGACUAAAGUUAUUGAAAGCAUUGUGGAAAUCAAGCAAAAGGAUAAUACGAGUGGUUUUUCUCAUUCUACUGUAAAUUUCACCAAAGCAAGUCCAACCAUAUGCCAUGUAAGGCCCAUAACAAAAGGAGCGGAACAAGCUGUAAAUCAUGAGCUCAAGAAAUCGAAUUUUGACGACCAAAAGAAGGAACAUGAACCAAUCGGCGAAGGAAGGGCAAAUUUAACACCAAAUAUUUCUUUCCCUGAGGAAAUCUUUUCACAUGCAAGAAAAGAUUUUGAAGCAACAAAUUCUGAUCAAAUAUUUCAUAAAAACGAUCCAUUGAAGCAAGUUGUCUGUGACCGCAAACCAGAAUUUAGAGUUGGCAUAGACAAAGAAAAAGGCCAAAUCGAAGAAUUUCUGAAUGAUAUUGCUAAUGAUAAAACAGGUUGUGACUACAUUGUUCAAAGUAAGGAUACAAAUACUUCAAAUAAUGAAGAAUUUAUUCGAGAAACAAUCAUAGACCAAAAACACGUUAGCGCAGUUUGCUCAGAGGAAUUUUCAAAUAAAGCACGAAUUGAAAUUGGUUGUGAUAUUCCGAAAAGCAAUGAUUUAGAUCGUUCAAAAAGCAAAGAAUACAAUGCAUUAAACCACAACAAAGCUGAUGAAAAAUGCGAUAGUAUGUUGGAAGUAAUUCCUGCUCUCCAGAAAGAGAUUUAUGAUAUUUCCGAUGAAACUUCUUCAGAAAAUAGUUAUUUGCUUCCAAAAAAGGACGCUAAUCUUCCAGAAAUUUCCUCAAGAGAAUGUCAGAUAGGUAUAAAUGAUUUAUUAGAAGAAAUUGAUAAUAGUCAGACACCUGUUCAAUGUAGCGAAAUCAAUUAUAUCCAAGAUUCGUGUAAAGAAAUAAACUCUAGUGAUAAUUUAAUGAAAUAUAGAGAUGUCUCUGUUACUAUUGAUGACAGUGCAGUAAGUGACCGUCAGUUCAACAGCACUGAACAAAAUUCUAAUCAGAAAAUGCACAGCGGUGAAGAUUUUAUCCAGGAAAAUACUGAUAAUCAGGUUUCUUCAUCAGGAAUCAGUCCAGAUUGCGAUUUCCCUCAAAUCAGUCAAACUGAUUUUAGUUCGUCCGAACAAACUGAAAUUUCCUCCAAAACGUAUGUGGAACCAGAAAAGAGGGAAUCGGCGUCAAGUUUACAUCAUGCAGAAAAGAGCAGCUCUGAUGCCUUUGGGUUCAUAGAUUUUAGUACUUUAUCUUCACCUGUACACUAUAGUGAUUUUUGUGAAAGGCCUGAAAUACCAUCCUUUGGUAUUUUCAGAAAUACAGAUCCAUGCCCAGAGAGUGAUAGCACACAAAAUUCUCUUUUUGAAGGAAGAAGUGUACAAAAUAACAUUUCGGAUUUGAUGAGUGAUACCAGAACUGACUUAGAAUUAACACCUCUACAAAAUAUGCGUUCCGACAAUGCUCCCACUGGAUCUGGUCAAAACUUUUCAUUCUAUCAAGAACUGUGCGAAAAUUUAUCAACGCCUAAUAAAAAUCACAACCACCCAGGAAUGUUUGAGUCUGAGAAAACCAAUUCAAGUUUUGUAUUUCCUAGCGAAGUUCGGGGCGAUUUAAAGAGACAGGCAUAUCACGAAUAUGCUCCUCUUGAAAACGUAUAUCAGCAUUCUGUUUUUACAACCCCCGUUUCAGAGAGGAUACAGAGUAUUCCGAGUUACGCUGAAGCUUUUUCAAAACCACGCAUGGUUUUGAACGACUCUAAUUCGACUUACACAGCUCUUUACCCGGAUACUUUUGCUAAUGAUCAAAACUCUGAGACCAGAAAAGAUGUUGAUUACGCAGCAGAAAAAUCAAGUGCCUCCACCGAAAACUGUAAUUACGGCCAUUAUCAAUACGAAGAUUAUGUGCAAAGUGUUUGCCGAAAUGGUAAAAAUUCCAAAACUCAAAAUGCAGAAAUCCAAUCAAGUUCAGACGUUUAUAGACUUCAACAGAUGAAUUUUGUGGAUGAUUACUUCAGAAAUGAAGGCACGCCAAAGCAUGUUGAAGGCAUUAAGAGUGAUUCAGAUGUGAGUUAUAAAUAUCAUGCCUUUAAUCCUCCAAGUUACGAAAAGCCUGGUGGUUAUGAAGAAGCUUACACUUUCCCACCUCACUGUGAUGAUAAUUAUAAUUAUUCUAUACGCCAAGAAAAGGUUCGUACGUACGAAGUUCGUCAUGAAGAAAUCCAUACAUUCCAAGAUCUUGUUCGAUUUGAGAAAACCUGUACAUAUCCCGCACAGCCAACCGAAAUGUCUCCCAUGGGAAUCCCAUCACAUUACAGAGAAAGCAAUGUUUAUCAAAAUGCUUUGAAUCCCGAUGUGGUAUUUCCUUCUAAUUAUUUUCGAAUGAAUGCUUCAUCUAACAAAGAAGACCCAUCCUCUCAGAAUGUCCAGCCACCUGCAGAUGCUUCUGGCUUGAGUUUGCAGUUUUCUCAUGCCCAUACUGGGGAGAGUUCUAAAGAAUCCCAAAAGGCAUCUCUGCAAGCAGUAUCACAAGAAUUUCCACGGAUGAGAAUUCGAAGUUCGUCCAUGACAAAUAUGCAGCUAUCCCAAGAUCCAUCGAAGUUGGAUUUGCAACUUUCUCCAGCUCUUCCAAAACCAAAUCGGCAGAUUCCAAAAACUCCAUUAAGAUUUAACAUUCAAACUCCUCAAGGUUUUUUUCGAACAAAUGCCGCAACCCCUCAGAAUUCCUCAUGGACGAAUCUGCAGAUUCUUCAAAGUACACCCAGGUUGGCAGCGCAGACUCCAAAAGAGCCCAUACGACUGAUCAAGCCUUCGCCUCAGUACCCUAUCAAUCAUCCUCUAGGGUUCGUUCCUAGUAAGGGGGCAAAACCUCUCAUCAGCCCGAAUUCUUCAUUUCAGAACAAAAACAGAUGCUUCCAGGAGCAUGACUUGCGCGGGAAAUUGAGCUUGGAUUUUGACCGAAAUAGACGAAUCCAUUUUGAAUCUCCGAGAGUAACAGCAAACGAUAAUGAGCAGUCGAAAGGGAUAUUUAUUGAAAGGCUUUUUCGGUGUGACAGGUGUGACCAGUGUUUUGUCCGGAAAGAAGAUCUGAUCCGGCAUCGCUUCACGGCGCAUGAGAAAAUUCGUGUGGUUAAACCAGCCUCUUGCACGUUUCUUCAGUAGUUAUCAACCUGUUGAUUUUUCGCCUACAAGCUAGUUAAUAUGAAUUGCAGAAAAUUAUUUUUAAUUGCUCUUGUUAUAUUUAGAUGUUAAAUUUACUAUAUUGUUAAAUAUUGCUUUUUUAUAUAUAUACAUAAAAUUAUAUG